ACGAGAAUAAUAGUGACAAAUUUAAUAAAUUAAGAUUUCAAACAAUCAUAACAAUAUAGUUAAUUACUGGAAAGAAACCUCUUGUCUAGGUUCGUCAAACGUAACCGAUAUUGUUUCCUGUAUUUAAUCAGCCAAACGAAAAAGAAGAACAAAAAAUGAAAGCAGUCAUUCUGCCAAAGGCUUCAAAGCAAUGAAGUCACCUCCCUCUUCUUCUCCUUCUUCGUCUUCAAUUCUCCGAAAGACUCAUCUUUCUCCUUUUCUAUUCACUCUGUUAGCCUUCAUCGUUUUCGUCACCAUUCUUUAUAGUGAUGAUUUCAGCUGCAUUUUUAGCCAGCUUGAGUAUUCUAGUCUAUCUGGUCCUCCCAAUUCCAUUUCAAGAAUCAUGAAGAACAAGAAGUUGCCAUUUGCCAUUGGAGAGACAAAGGACGGCUGCGACGUGUUCAGUGGAAGUUGGGUUCACGAUGACAGUCGGCCACUGUACGAGGAAGCGGAGUGUCCUUACAUACAGCCACAAUUGACUUGCCAAGAACAUGGCCGGCCAGACAAAGAUUAUCAGCAUUGGAGAUGGCAACCUCAUGGCUGCUCUCUACCAAGUUUCAAUGCAACACUAAUGAUGGAAACGCUUCGUGGGAAGAGGAUGUUAUACGUGGGAGAUUCCUUAAACAGAGGACAAUUUGUUUCCAUGGUUUGUCUUCUCCAUAGACUCAUUCCUGAAAAUGCCAAGUCCAUGGAAACUUUUGGUUCUCUCACUGUUUUCACUGCUAAGGAUUACAACGCGACGAUUGAGUUCUAUUGGGCACCAUUUCUGCUGGAAUCAAAUUCUGAUGAUGCAGUGGUACAUAGAAUAUUUGAUAGAGUUGUCCGAAAAGGCUCAAUCAAUAAGCACGGGAAGGCUUGGAAAGGGGCUGAUAUAGUCGUUUUCAAUACUUAUCUUUGGUGGAUGACCGGCCUAGAAUUCAAAAUUUUGCAAGGGUCUUUUGAGGAUGAAGUGAAGGAUAUUGUAAUGGUAUCCACAGAGGAUGCAUAUCGAAUGGGAAUGAGGAUUAUGCUGCGAUGGGUGAAAAAGAACAUGGACCCGAAGAAAACCAGAGUCUUUUUUUCUAGCAUGUCACCUACUCAUCAAAAGAGCAUAGAUUGGGGAGGAGAACCAAAUAAGAACUGUUACAAUGAAACAAAAAUAAUAGAGGAUCCAAAUUACUGGGGAUCAGAUAGCAGAAAAAGCAUAAUGAGAGUGAUUGGUGAAGUGUUUCGUAAAUCAAAGGUGCCUAUUACAUUUCUCAACAUUACACAGCUCUCGAGUUAUAGAAAAGAUGCACAUACAUCAAUUUACAAGAAGCAAUGGAAUCCAUUAACAGCAGAGCAAUUGGCAAAUCCAGUUAGCUAUGCUGAUUGUGUUCAUUGGUGCUUGCCUGGUCUUCAAGAUACCUGGAAUGAGCUUUUAUUCGCCAAACUUUUCUACCCUUGACAUCAUAAGCAUGGACCAAACCCAAUUUUUAUCUACUACUAGUAUGGUAUGACCUCAAUUUGGUGACCUAGUAUUUUCUUUCUUCGUUUGGGUGAUUUUUGCCCACAGAAACUUGUUCAAAAGAAAAGAAAAGAAAAAAUUGUGUAUAAAUGUAAUGAUGCUGCAAAGAUUGGGAAGGUAAAAAAUCGUACAAAGAUGUGAAAAGGAAUUACUGCAGGAGAAUUAUUGAGCAAUAUUAUAUUUUUUUCUCAAAA